CUGCGUCAACCUCAUCGCAGCCGGAUUAUCCUGAAUUAUUCCAGUGAGCAUAGUGGUCCAUCGACACAGGAAGAGACUCGACAUUUCGUUCAGGAGUAGUGAAAAUAAUGGAAAACCCGAUUGAAGAGCUCGCCGGUGUUGUUCUUUCAGUCACAGAACCCUCAACCGAUGAGAUUUUCAGAAACAUCGACAAAUAUUAUACCGAAGAUGCAGCAAUCUUUUACCCAGUUUUCAAUCAGAUAUUCACUCGCAACGGGCGCGAAAAUCUCAAAGCGGCAUACCAAUGGAGACAAACCUUUACUUAUAACAGUCGAAUCAAAUUCAACGCAGUCAUGGUGAAUCAAGAGCAAACUCAAGCAACAGUUGAUAUCAUUCAAAAGCUGAGCUUCCGUCUCUUGCCGGUUAGAGCGUUUGAUGUACGGUUUAAUUAUAUCAUUCGAUUGGGUUUGCGGAAAUGCCCAUGUGAUGGAAAAUAUCGGAUUUUUCGUCAACAAGAUAACUUCCCAAGUGAUCUCACAAUGUCGGGAAUCCCUUUACCUCAGUUUGUCAGAAUCAUAAACGAUGUCAUCAAGGCCUAUGCCUGGCUGUUCGUUGUUUUUAUUGGACACAUCUUGAUGAUGUUGGGAAUUCCUUAGCAAUCUUGAAUUCUACAUCUCAAACUUCUAGGCAAGAACGGUGAGGGGAGGAUAGUUGUGGUAGAACGCGCGCAAAGCAUCACAGCAGUCUGAUAUGUUACAUAUCCACUCCAUUUUGGAAACCAAAUUUAAAUUUCGGAGAAUCUGAUUUCAAAGGUCUUUAGGUCGCCUAGCGAUAUCCUGAAAACCUCAACAAGACAACUCACACGCGACUUGUCUUGCGAGUUCUUAAGCCUUUUUGAAUUGACGUACUUACGAUUUGAA